GGUAAUAAAGUAAAAAGCUAAUAACUAUAUCCAGUCGGAGUGCGGGUGUACCACAAAGACAAAAUUCAUUUAUAGAGUUGACUGGGGUGGUUUCCCAGAAAGGGUUUAUCCUAGUCCCAAAUUAAAAUGCAUGUUUGAGCUGCCUUAAUUUAAAAACACUUUGCAUUGACGUAUCUAAACAUAUAUAUUAGUGCUGUUGUGUUGUCUCAAGAUGCACACGUGUAGAGUUUUUUGUAAGGUUUGCAUAAAAACUACCUAAAUGACCUAAUAUCCAAGCCCUAGUCCUGGAUUAAUCUAAACCUGAUCUAGGAAACUGCCCUUAUAUCUUAAAACAUGAUCUAUAAUGCUAUUGCCUUGUGAUCCAGGGCUGCUUAACUAGAAAAUCGGUCCUGGUUUAAAUGAAAAUGAUCUUUAAAAAAGGAAAUUAUAUCUUGGUGUCUCAUUAACGGUUGUUUGUUACUGAAGGCAACAUAUCAGCGUCACUAGUGCAAUACAAGCUAGUUCAAAACGAUAUCCAAAUAUUUCAUACAAAAAAUUACUUUGUUUUGCACAAACCGAGUCAUUAAUAGGUUAGUUCGACUUUAUACGUGUAUGUUAUCAAAGUAUCGCGAGAACGGUUUGAAAGCACAGCUGCAGAAUCGCUCUCGCGGUACUUCCAUGUCAUACGCCGAUCGGUCUGCGCAGCGCAUCAUGACGUCGAACACAUCCUCAUCGUUCAAUGUUUUGACAGCGGCUCUAAAGUACUACAAUUCCCACAAUGCAAUAGCGCAUUUGACGUUUCACACACUCCUAUGAAAAUACAAGGGACGUGUAACUUUGACAGUUCCGGGAAAACCCACAGGAAAAUCUAAGAUUGUCCAACGGAAACCGCGAUCUACAAUUAAAAUGUCUUUUAGUGCAAGAAAGCGAACUGUGUUGUUUUAAGUCUGUUAUGCUUUCACGCAUAACUAUCUACGAAAUCUUUAAAAUAUAUGUUUUAGAACAAGUGUCAGCAUGCUGAGUCGAUCCAUAGUCUUGCAGAGUCUCAGGAGUAUUAGAGAUAGAUUUUUUGAUACAGGACGACAAAGAAAUGAACAAAAUAAUGUUGGGGCUGAGACAAGUCAUGACGUCACCGGUCCCUCUCUUGACAAUUUGUCGGUUGACAUGCAGUUUCACAUCAUGACCUUCCUCUCUCCGCAAGACCUGUGCAGACUGGGGGGCACUAGUACGUACUGGCGGUCCAUGGUUCGAGACCCUGUGCUUUGGAAGUACUUCCUGCUGCGUGAUAUGCCGCUCUGGCAGUCAGUUGAUCAUUUAUCGAUGCCUGAGAUCAAGCUCAGUGGUACAUCAGUGCUAGGGGACCCUGAGAUGAACCACUUUGAUUAUAUGGCUGAGUACCUACGGGUCUGCCCAGCUUGUCGAAACCAAUGGCGACAGCAACCAAGGGCAACAUUUGAGUCUGUGUCGUCUUUUUUUCACUUCUUAGUACCAGGUACCGCAGAGCCACAGUUUGUCAUGUUUGGCCCAGGCCUUGAACAGUUAGAGGUUUCGCUGAUGACUAGGAUCAUGAACUCCCCUCAUGUACUACCUAUAGCAGGAAUGCCUCAACGUCAGGUUGAAGGCAUUGGAUCUGGAAUCAGUUUUAAGUUCAAGGAUCAGCACACAUUUAAUAUUAUUACUUUGUAUUCAACAAACAGGACAGAGAGAGAGAGGGCUCGUCUGGAGCACCUCAAUCUGCGCAGUAAAGUCUUCGUCUAUCAGGAGGAUAGUGACUCCAAUACACCCUUAAGUCUUAACCCUAUGUUUAAUCAAGCGUGUCAGGCUGUAAAUGGAUUCAUCUUUGUGGCAAACGCUGAGAUGGAAAGAGGAUCUGACCAAGGUUGGGAAGAAGAGAGUGCUCAGAUCAGGGUUAUGUUGGACCCUGCGGUGGGUUCUGUCUCACGACCCAUCCUGGUGCUCUCUUGUAUAUCUAGAGAAACAGCAGACACACACAGGAUUCCAUGUGUGACUGUGGCCCAUCAUCUUCAGCUCAGCUCACUCUCCAACCCCUGGAUGGUACAGGACACUGCUGCAGAAUCACUCAACGGACUGCUGGAUGGUAUUGAUUGGCUAAUGAGAAACUCUGAUGUCAGGUUGUAACCAAUAAUACUGUUAAGUACCUGCUAGAUGUACUAUAUAUUAUUAAAAGCAUAUAAUAGAUGCUUUUGUAAGCAUCUUAUUAUUAGUAUGAGAUACAGUUUACACUGCCUGUACUUAUGGUGCAGAGUCAAACAACUUGAUUUUCUUGUACAAUACAGUAAAUGUUUUGUACCAAUUGUUUGAACGUAUUCACUUUAUACAAUCCUGUACUUACUUCUUUGUCUUCAUAUUGUUAUUUAAUUCUGUUUUUUAGGUAAACAUUUUGUAAAUCUUUUUAAAUCAAGUUUAUUAGGAUAUAUUUAUCUAGCUUUGCAACAUGCAUUUUUUAUAUGUAAUGGUACCGAAAAAUGGUUAGGAAAUAAAUUUUAACAACAAUGA